UCGGCUUCGCCUUCUCGCUCUUGUGCCUCCAGACGGCCACACAAAGUACAUAAAUUUUAUCCCUCGCGGCGCAGACGUCAGUUGAGCACGCGACCUCACCGCGAGAGCAUCUCUCCAGCCGGGGUUCGCGGGCAAGCAUGUUGUGACGACACUUGAAGCCCGAUUAUCUACUUUUUGGCUUUCCUCCUGCAACAAAUUUUCGGAAUAUUGUCCAGAUGCAGUGCUUCGUGAUCAUCACUACGCGCAGCCUUCUAUGGACUCUCCUGACCCUGGCGUCUACCCUGGCCGUCCUCUCGGCAAUUUUGACCGCAAAGUGGCUCGUCGGCCCGGAGCACACGUACCAUUUCAAUGUCACGACAAAGUCAGAAACGGAUCCCACAAAAUUUAUAGUUGAGCAGCAGUGGAAAAUAUACAGCAAAUCGCUGGGGAUCUUCACGCGGUGCACCCUGAUCAAAGGUCGGGAGCACUGUGCACCGUUUGUCGGGAUGCAUGACGCCGAGGGAGGCUCCGGGUUUCCCGUCGCCUGGCAAAUUGCGCUGGUUUUCCUCACCCUGGGAGUGCUCACUGGAAUUGUAACCACCAUGGCUGCUCUCCUCGGGUGCUGCGUGCAGGCCGUGUGCGGGAAAAAAUCGCUCUUCAGCGUUGCAGGAGCGGCACAGGCUGCGGCUGGCUUGCUGUACAUCGUGGGCUUCAUGAUUAUCCCAUUCGGUUUCGGGUCGGAGCGAGUUCAGAGGUUGUGUGGCCCAAACUCAUCAGUGUUUUAUAUUGAUGACUGCAGUCUAGGCUGGUCAUUCUACAUGGCGCUCCUGGGCAUUUUCGGAAACUUCGUCUGCGCCGUUUUGUCCUCGCUAGCGGACAAGGCCAUGCAGAGCGACAGGAUUCAGGAAGAGAUCGAUGACGGAAAAAUACUCAUCUGUCUUCCGUAAUUUGUUACUUCUUUAUAUAGACUGCUUAAUUAUUAUAACACAAAACUGUUCAUUUUUAAUUUUUAAAUAAUAACAUAUAUGAGAAACAAAAAUAUUUUACCUGU